AUGGGUUGGGAGUCCGAAGUCUUUGAUCUCGUGUGUGACUAUUUGCGUACACGUCAAUUCUUUAAAGCUGAACGUACAUUGCGUUCUGAGCGUGAGGCGACGAGUUCUCCUCGUGUUGUGUCACCUGUAGCAACGACCAAUCAACAAGAUGCCCAACCUUUAGAAACGCCUUCGCUAGCAUCUCGACUUGAAUUUAUGCUGGAGCGUAGCUAUGUAACACAAGUUGUAUCAGGAACAGGUCAGACAGAACCUGAGAAAAUCUUUGUGCCUCGUUAUGAAGUCGAGACGAUGCCUAAACGUGCACGUGGGAAUUUGGAUGGGAAUGAAGCGUUAGAAAUUGAUGAAGUAAAUCGCAAUACAUUGGAGGGAGAGAAUGAUGACGAGUAUACUAUGAGUACACGUCUUGUGAGUUUUGAAGCUUGUAAGGACGAUCCACAUGGUUCAGCCACUAUGCCUAUCUAUCAAACAUCUACCUUCGCACAGCCGUCUGGUACGACAUUUGGUGCUUAUGAUUACACACGAUCGGGUAACCCAACACGUGCAGCAUUAGAGCGUCAGAUGGCAGAACUUGAGAACGGACAUCGUGCAUUUGCCUUUACAAGUGGCAUGGCUGCAUUGUCUGCUGUCUCUCGUUUAGCUCAUGCUGGAGAUGAAAUUGUUCUGUCUGAUGAUUCAUACGGUGGAACGUAUCGGUUACUAAGUAAAGUUGCUACAAAGAAUGGCAUUCGUAUCAAGUAUGUCGAUCUUUCUGGUGAAAAUGGUCCUAAACUUCUAUUGGCAGCACUGAGUAACAAGACAAAAUUGGUCAUGAUGGAAUCUCCAACUAAUCCUAUGCAACGCAUUUGUGAUAUCAAACGUCUUGCUGAGGUUACACAUACAGUUGGCGCGUUACUUUCGGUUGAUAAUACGAUGAUGAGUCCCAUUUUGCAAAAUCCACUAAAACUUGGCGCUGAUAUUGUUGUCCACUCUGCUACGAAAUUUAUUUGUGGACAUAGUGAUACAAUGUCUGGUAUUGUCAUUGCAAAAGACCCAGAGCUAUGUCGUGACAUUUACUUUUAUCAAAAUGCAGAGGGUACAGGAUUAGCACCGUUUGACUGUUGGUUGUUAUUGCGUGGUGUGAAGACUAUGAGUUUGCGUGUUUUAGCGGCUCAAAAGAACGCAAUUAAAGUCGCGAAUUUCUUAAACGAUCACCCGUUGAUCAAGUCAGUGCAUUAUACUCAUUUACUUCCUGAGAACUCACUUGAUCGAAAGAUUCAUGAAUCGCAAGCUCGCGGUUCUGGUUCUGUUGUGUGUUUUCGAACUGGAUCGCUUGAGUUUUCACAGCAUUUACUGACUGUGACAAAGUUAUUUAAGAUUACGGUCAGUUUUGGAAGUGUGAAUUCACUUAUCUCGCUUCCGGGUGCUAUGUCACACGCUAGUAUUCCCGAAGAAGUGCGCAAAGCACGCGAAUUUCCAGAAGAUUUAGUACGUUUGUCUAUCGGUGUUGAGGAUGCGAAAGAUCUCAUCAAGGAUCUCUCGGAGGCGCUGCAAUCGUAUGUGGCUUCUCAAGAUACACAGUGA